AUGGCUGCCUCUGCUUCUUGCCUGUUGGUGGUGCUAGCGGCGCUGGCCUCGGCGGCGUCGGCGCAGCUGUCAUCGACGUUCUACGACACGUCGUGCCCGAACGCGCUGUCCACCAUCAAGAGCGCCGUGGACGCGGCGGUGAUGCAGGAGGCGCGCACGGGGGCGUCGCUGCUCAGGAUGCACUUCCACGACUGCUUUGUGCAUGCAAGUCUCAGAUGCAGAGCGACACUCGCUCAUCUCUUCCUAUUCUUCUGUUUUCUAACAUAA